AUGACUAAGGAUUGCAAUGUAAGAAAUACCCAAGUUAGAGGGACUACUGCAGUAGGUCGUGUCUUUGCUCUAACAAGUGUUGAAGCUGAAACGUCAUCUGAGUUGGUAAAGGGAAAGGGUAAAGCUGAUGGUAAUGAUAUUUCUAUUCUAUUUGAUUCUGGUGCUUCACAUUCCCUUAUUUCUUAUGAAUGUGUGGCAAGGUUAAAUUUGGUUGUGAGUUCUUUGUGUGUGGAUCUAGUCGUUUCUACCCCAGCUUUAGGGUUUGUUUUGACUUCUGAGGAGAGAUUUAUUUCUAGUGGACAGGCGGGUGGUUUGUUGAAGGGUGGGGCUCUUGGGUUUAUUGUCUUAUCUUUCAUGAGUUUAGAGAAGGAAAAGUUGUUGAAUAGUAUUGAUGUUGUUAGAGAUUUUCCAAAGGUUUUUCCGGAUGAUGUUCCAGGGUUACCACCAAAGCAAGAGUUGGAGUUUAGUAUUGAUCUAAUACCUGGGGCGAGACCAGUGUCCAUUUCUCCUUAUAGAAUGGCACCAGCAGAGUUUUCUAUAUUGAAGAAACAGGUUGAGGAACUUUUGGAGAAGUAG